AGAGCGGGUGUAAACAAUCAAAGAUAUGGCUGACGAGGAGGAGAGAGGAGCGGGCCAAGACAACAACGACGACAACAACAUGGGGAACCAGCUGCAGCUCGUGCCAGGUAAUGACGAGGAUGAGGAGGAGGAAGAUGACAUGGAGACUGAAGACCGAGACAGCGACGACGUAGAAAACCCCAGCGCCAUCACCUUUGACCCCAGUCUACCCACAUCUCACGCUUACUUGGGAGCAGACAUGGAGGAGUUUCAUGGCCGCACGGUCCACGAUGACGACAGCUGUCAGACCAUCCCAGUGCUGCCGCGCACAGCUGUGAUGCUGGUGCCAGGCCAGACGCUGCCUCUGCAGCUCUUCAGGCCACAGGAAGUCAGCAUGAUGCGGAGCGUCAUCCAGAGAGACCGCACCUUUGCUGUGCUUGCACACAGUGACCUCGGUGAGCCGGAAGCAGAGUUUGGAACAACGGCAGAAAUUUAUGCCUACCGAGAGGAGCAGGAGUACGGCAUUGAGACGGUCAAAGUGAAGGCCAUAGGGAGGCAGAGAUUUAAAGUCCAUGAGAUAAGAACUCAAGCAGAUGGGAUCCGACAAGCCAAAGUGCAGAUCCUCCCAGAACGAAUCCUUCCAGACCCGCUGUCUGUGGUGCAGCAGUCCAGCCUCUACAGACACCCGACAUCAAGGCCCCUGACUCAGACAUGCAAGCAAAUCCAGCGCUGGUUGAGUCAUUAUCAACAGAGGAAGUUUCACUGUGCCAGCCUGACGCCGUGGCCGCCCUGGGUCUACACGCUCUACGACUCGGAGUCGUUAAUGAACCGAGUGAAGCGGCAACUCCACGAAUGGGAUGAGAACCUGAAGGAGGACUCCCUCCCGACGAAUGCCGUAGACUUCUCCUACAGAGUGGCGGCCUGUCUGCCCAUAGACGACGCCCUGCGGCUCCAGCUGCUGAAGAUUGGCAGCGCCAUCCAGAGACUGCGCUGCGAGCUGGACAUCAUGGACCGGUGCACGUCGCUGUGCUGCAAGCAAUGCCAGGACACGGAAAUCACCACCAAAAAGGAAAUCUUCAGCUUGUCUCUGUACGGCCCCAUGGCGGCGUACGUCAACCCUCACGGCUACGUCCACGAGACGCUGACUGUCUACAAAGCCAACAACCUCAGCUUGGUUGGCAGGCCCUCCACUCUGCACAGCUGGUUUCCGGGGUACGCCUGGACGAUCGCUCAGUGUCGGACCUGCGGGUCGCACAUGGGCUGGAAGUUCACGGCCACCAAGAAGGACUUGUCCCCGCCUCGUUUCUGGGGUCUGACCCGCUCGGCCAUGCUCCCUCGCAUCCCGCAGACCGAGGGCGAGGAGGGACGAGAGGACUCCCGCCUCUUCUGCCUGUGACACCGGACCGCCCCUUCGCCUC